GCCACUACCAGAGGGAGCCGGGCCUGGUGGAGACAACUAUUUUUUCAGAGAAGAAGGGAGAAGGAGAGUUAGACAGAAACAUCAAUGAUGAGAGAGAAUCACUGAUCGGCUAUCUCCUGCAUGCCCCCUACUGGGGAUCGAGCCCGCAACCCAGGCAUGUGCCCUUGACCAGAAUCAAAUUCAGGACCCUUCAGUUCAACAGGUCGACGCUCUAUCCACUGAGCCAAACCAGCUAGAGCUCGUCCUCCUUUCAUUCACUGAGCAGAUCCAGCUGACCACUGGCUGUGCACACAGAAUCUCUCUGAGUGCCAGAUACACUGAUGAAAACAGGACACACACAUUCCCUGUCCUCCUGAAUGUAUGAGGAAGACAGUCUCUUAUUGGACAGCAGUUGUGAGGGGAUGUAAUGUGGGGGCCCUACUCUGGAAGUGACAUUAAGUCCUAGCAUGUGAGAACCAGGGUCUGGUGUGGUGAUAGGUGAAAAGAGCACUCCAGACAGCAGCCAUAACCUGGGCAAAGGCCCUGAGGUCAGAUUGGCUGUGAUCUUAUGAGGAAUUGGUGGGGUUGGAGCAGCUCUAGUGAUGGAGAAUGUUAGACCAAAGGGGUGGCCUGGGCUCUAUCCAUAGCCAGAGGCAAGUUUCUUCACCUCUGUGCCUUCCUCUCCUCAUCUCUAAACUAGGGUUAGUGGCCUGGCCAGCGUGGCUCAGUGGUUGAGUGUCGAUCUAUGAACCAGGAGGUCACGGUUUGACUACCAGUCAGGGCACAUGCCUGGGUUGUGGGCUCAAUCCCCAGUGUGGGAUGUGCAGGAUUCUCUUUCAUCAUUGAUUCUUUCUCAUCAUUGAUGUUUCUAUCUCUCUCUCCCUCUCCCUUCCUCUCUGAUAUCAAUAACAAUAUUAAAAAAUAAUAAUAAACUGGGAGUAGUGAUAAUUACAGAACUGCCAUGCCUGUGAAGAUUAAAGGUGGCAUAUAAGGUGAGAAUCCUGACUGGCCCAUGGGCCUCUGAGGAGGCAUCAUAAGUCUGCCCAGCUCCCCACUUGCUGUGCUCCCACUCAAUGGGAAGGGAAUCAAGGCCUUAUCCCACCAUAAGCCACGGCCUCGGCCUCUUGACAACACCAGGAUGGAAGUCAAAGGUCAGCUGAUCACCUCUCCCACUUUCAAUGCCUCAGCUGCCCUGUUUGGGGAGGCCACUCCCCAGGUGAAGUCAGAGCGUCUGAGGGGACUGCUUGACCGGCAGCGGGCUCUACAGGAGGCCCUGAGCCUGAAACUUCAGGAGCUACGCAAAGUGUGCCUCCAAGAGGCGGAGCUGACUGGCCAGCUGCCCCCUGAGUGCCCGCUGGAGCCUGGUGAACGGCCGCAGUUGGUCCGACGGCGGCCCCCUGCAGCCCGAGCCUACCCGCCACCGCCCCCUAACCCAGUGCAUCAUUCCUUGUGCCCUGCUGAGGAGCUGGCCCUCGAGGCUCUGGAGCGCGAGGUGUCGGUGCAGCAGCAGAUCGCGGCCGCCGCCCGCCGCCUGGCCUUGGCCCCUGAGCUGAGCGCUGAGCAGCGGCGGCGCCGGCGCCAGGUCCAGGCAGAUGCUCUCCGGAGGCUGCACGAGCUGGAGGAGCAGCUCGGGGACCUCCGAGCCCGCCUCGGUCUCCCCGUGCUCCCGCUGUCCACAGGGGCAGUCAUCACAGCCCAGGGUGUCUGCCUGGGCACACGCCUCGCUCAGCUCAGCCAAGAGGAUGUAGUUCUCCACUCAGAGAGCAGCUCCCUCUCAGAGUCUGGGGCCAGCCACGAUAAUGAGGAUCCUCGUAGCUGCUUCCCUCUGGCUGAGCGCCCCUCGCCACCCAAGACCUGGGACCAGCUGCGGGCAGUAUCUGGGGGCAGCCCUGAGCGGCGAACCCCAUGGAAACCACCCCCGUCAGAUCUUUAUGGUGACCUGAAGAGCCGACGGAACUCCGUGGCCAGCCCCACCAGCCCUACACGCUCGCUGCCCAGGAGUGCCUCCAGUUUUGAGGGGCGAAGUGUGCCUGCCACCCCUGUCCUCACGCGGGGCGCUGGCCCCCAGCUCUGCAAACCUGAAGGCCUCCAUUCACGCCAGUGGUCUGGCAGCCAGGACUCCCAGAUGGGCUUCCCCCGGGUGGACCCGGCCUCGGACCACCGCGCCUCGCUCUUUGUAGCUCGCACCCGCCGCAGCAACAGCUCUGAGGCCCUGCUAGUGGACCGGGCAGCUGCGGGUGGAGCUGGCUCCCCACCUGUGCCUCUGGCUCCCCCUGCCCCUGGUCCCCCAGUCUGCAAGAGCAGCGAGGUGCUGUAUGAGCGCCCCCAACCAGUCCCUGCCUUCUCCUCCCGCACAGCUGGCCCCCCAGAUCCUCCCCGGGCUGCCCGGCCAAGCUCAGCUGCCCCUGCCUCCCGUGGGGCCCCCCGGCUCCCACCUAUGUGCGGGGACUUCCUCUUGGACUAUUCCCUGGACCGGGGCCUACCCCGAGGUAUUGGUGGGCCAGGCUGGGGGGAGCUGCUGCCUGCAGCUGAGGUCCCAGGACCCUUCUCCCGCCGGGAUGGGCUCCUCGCCAUGUUCCCAGGCCCACCACCCAUGUAUGCAGCUGACGGCAGCAGCCCCCUCCUCCGCAGCAAGGACCCCCACACCCGGGCCACCCGCACCAAGCCCUGUGGCCUGCCCCUGGAUGCCGCAGAGGGUCCAGAGGUGCAUCCAAACCCCCUGCUGUGGAUGCCCCCACCCACCCGUAUCCCUCCAGCUGGUGAGCGCAGUGGCCACAAGAACCUUGCCCUGGAGGGGCUACGGGACUGGUACAUCCGGAACUCGGGACUGGCCUCGGGGCCCCAGCGCCGGCCUGUGCUGUCCCACAUGGGCCCGCAACACCCACCCUUCCUCCACGCCCGCUGCUAUGAGGUGGGCCCGGCGCUGUAUGGGCCCCCCAGCCAGGCACCCCUCCCGCAUUCGAGGAGUUUCACGGCGCCCCCUGUCUCCGGCAGAUACUACGCGGACUUCCUGUACCCCCCGGAGCUGAGCGCUCGUUUAAGUGACCUGACGCUAGAGGGGGAGCAGUCCUCCAGUUCUGACCCUCAGACCCCAGGGACACUGGUCUGACCCCUUCUGAUAUGCUCCUUGUUGGCCUGGGCAUGACUCCAGUCUGGGGAGCACACGCUGACCUCGCUGAGCACUGGGGUACGGUUGCUCUUAGUCCUGGGCAGGGGGCACCAACCUGAUCUUCCAAGGCCCCCAGCUCCCUUUGGGCCCAUGAAGGUGUCUGAUACCCCGCUUCUACUCUCAUACUGUGCUGAGAACUGGGGGCCCUCAGCCAGCUUAAAAGUGGGGGAUGGUAUAAUGGGGGCUCCAAGCCCCUUCCUCCAUUUGUUUACAGUUGUGAUUUAGGUUUUCACUGUCUUUCCCCAACACUAGACGUUUUAUAAAAGGGAAACUGUGAUGUUGUCUGGUUGGGUUCAUUCCUGUCCCAUGCCCAGCCUGUUCCAUUCAGGAACCCCUCCCAUGAAAUGGACCAUAUAGUCACAUGGCCCUGUUCGGGGCAGCUAGGGACUCUGGUGUGAACAGAUCUCUCUGCCAUCCCCCACCAGGGUAGUUCUUGGGGAGGUGAGCUCUCUGCCCACAUUUGGUGGGGGGCUUGGGUUCAUCUUCCCACCCCAGGGGUGUAGGAAAGAGCCCCAGUCCCUGCCUGCCUGUCUGUGCCCGCUUCCUCUGCCCCCAGGGUGAGAUGACCCAGCCUUUGGUGGCAGCCUCUACCCUAGCCCCAUUCUGGGGGCUCCACAGGAGGGUCCAAGGACAGAGCCAUCAGGUGUGUUGUGUCCUGGGAUGCUUCCAUGGUGGAACCUGGCACCUGAUAGAUGCCAGUAAAAUCCUCAGGUGACGCCUGGCCACAGGCUGCGUCACAUCUUCCUUGACUUUCCUUCCAUCCACCACUUUUUAAACAAAUCUACACAAGCUGUGUUUUCUAUGAUACCUGUCUGUGACUUUCUGGAGCUGGGGGUCAACAUACCCCCUUUACCUGGUGUUAAAACUUUUCUUUUUGUAUCAACCGAUCUGGGCCCAAGACGCUACCCACACUGGAAGAGGAUUUUUAGAAUAAAUGUGUAAACCGAA